UGCUUACUUUUGGCGGUAUUACUGCACUCUACCUCUCUCCAGGCCUUGAUUAAUUCAUCUGCUCUCUCACUUCAGCAAUCAUGAGUCUAAGAACAAACUACAGCAUGCGUUCCUCCACCUCUCAGGUGCCGGUGUCCCAUGUGUCCAUCAAGCGCACCACCACCAACAGCAUGCCAAGCUACCGGGCUGCAAGUAUCUAUGGAGGUGCUGGAGGUCAGGGGACCCGUAUCUCAUCUGCCUCCUACUCAGGAGUCCAUAGUGGAUUGGGAUUUCCCUCCAUGUCCAGCUCCAUCCAAGUGAGUGGCACUGGUGCCACGGGUGAGAUCAUGGGCAAUGAGAAGAUGGCAAUGCAGAACCUGAAUGACCGUCUAGCUUCCUACCUGGAGAAAGUCAGGUUCCUAGAACAGGCCAACAGCAAGCUAGAGCUGAAGAUCAGAGAGGCUCUGGAGAAACAAGGCCCUAAUGUACAUGACUACAGCCGUUUCCAGCCCAUCAUUGACGAACUGCGUAAGAAGAUAUUUGACACCACCGUAGACAAUGCUCGCUUUGUGCUACAGAUUGAUAAUGCCCGCCUGGCAGCUGAUGAUUUCAGAGUCAAGUAUGAAUCUGAGCUGUCCAUACGCCAGGGUGUGGAGGCUGACAUUGCUGGCCUGAGAAAGGUUAUCGAUGACACAAACGUGAACCGCAUGAACCUUGAAAGCGAGAUUGAGGCCCUCAAGGAGGAGCUCAUAUUCCUGAAGAAGAACCACGACAACGAGGUAAUGGAGCUUCGUAACCUGAUCUCCCAUUCGGGAGUGCAGGUGGACGUUGAUGCUCCCAAGGGACAUGACCUCGCCCAGAUCAUGGAGGAGAUGAGAACCAAGUAUGAGAAAAUGGCCCUUAAAAACCAGGAGGAGCUCAAGGCCUGGCACGAAACACAGAUCUCAGAGAUUCAGGUCAAAGUCACACAGAGCACAGAAGCCCUCCAGGGUGCUCAUACAGAAGUCAACGACCUUCGCAGACAAAUCCAGACACUGGAAAUUGAGCUGGAGUCACAGAGGAACCUGAAAGGAUCACUGGAAUCCACAUUGCGGGACACAGAAAUGCGCUACAACAUGGAAAUCGAGAAUCUAAAUGCUGUUCUCCUGCAACUGGAGGCUGAGCUCACUCAGUUACGAAACAACAUCCAACAACAGACGCAGGAGUACGAGGCUCUGCUAAACAUAAAGAUAAGGUUGGAGGCAGAAAUUGCCACCUACAGGAGGCUUCUGGAUGGCGGAGACUUCAAGCUCCAGGAUGCUAUUGAGGAGCAAAAGAAGGUGAAAGUCAUGACGGUCACCCAGACAUUGGUGGAUGGGAAGGUGGUGUCUUCAAGCACAGAGACCAAGGAGAGGAAACUCUGAACACCACAAUUCAGAUCGCCCAUAGCAACAUAACACAGACACCUCAUGGGCUAAUGCUAGAAUUAACCAAAGAUUUAACAAAUUAGAUAUUUAAUCCAGAGUGUCUUUAAUCCUAAGUGUCUCUUUGGGAAUAUGCAAUAAGAUUAACCUAGUACAUUUCAAAAUAAUUUAAAACAACAAAUCUAACAUGUAAUGACUACAGCCAAAAAGUUUUAAGGUCAAAGUUUACUGAAACUUUAUUACAUAUUUUUGAAAUUAUAAUGUUUUUGUCAUCAGCAUGUUUUCCCAUUUUGUUACCAUGUUGUGUUGUACCUUUCAUGCAUAUCCAUGUCAAUAAAGCCAGUCACGUUU